CUUCUAUGAUUGUUUGAGUUUUCUCUAUUUGUAAAUUUUGGAUUAAUGGGUAGAGGCAGAGGAAAGGGGAAGAAAUUAACUAUAGUAACAAGCCACGAGGAUCCAGGGAGUGGUGAUGAAGAAGUGCUUCCUGCCUAUAAGAGGAGGGGGAGGCCACAAAAGCCUUUAAAAGAUGACAUCGAUGAAGAGGAAACUGAGAAGAUUGAAGAAGAAGAAGGAGAUGAUGUGAAACCUUCUGCCUCGACCAAAGAUACAAAAGGCACAGCUGUUGAGAAUGGGAAGAAGAGGAGGAGGUAUUCACAAGUAAAAGAAAACUAUGAUUCAGUCCUGGAGGAAAACAGUGCUGGGGUGAGAUCCAACAAUGAGGAGUCGACUAGGCCUAAUGGUUUUCGGCCAAAUGGAAGCCGGCGAAAGAGCAAGCCUCGACGGGCUGCUGAAGCCGGAGUUGAAUUCAAGUGAGAUUUGCAACAGUAGGUUUUUGGGUUUUCCAUCAUCCCAUCGCCAGAUAUAUCAUGCAUCUCAGAGUCCCUAGUGGUUUACCUUUUCUUUUCCAUGUUCUUUUCUACUUUGCUUUUUAUCUCAUUUUGUCCAUGAAUGAACUGAACUGGGAGGGCAGGGUCUAAAUAUGCUGUUUUAUAAUUUUCUUUGGCACCAUAAAGCUGAUAUAAGGUACUUGCUUUAGCUCAAAUGCAAUUUCUCUGUCCUGCAGAAUUAUAAGCACAAAGUUUUCUUAUCUGUGCCUUGUUUUAUUUCUUUUACUGUUACUAUUUUGUCUUAGCUACCUGCUUUUUAUCCAAUGAAUUGUAGCAACGUGGUUCAUCCA